AUGAUUCGGGUUUUAAUCCAGGAUUGUCACCUCCGACUACGCAAGUACAAAGCAGCAAUUGAGGAUGAACAAGCGAAGUGCUCAAGGAUUCUUGGAGAACCGCUGACAAAUGAUCUUCAUCGCAGCCUUUCUCUCAGUGCCAGGCGCAUUCGCGAUGCACGUGAAUCCAAACUGAAGCAGAAGUUGACCACACUGAGCGAAAAGAAUGCCAGCCUCUGCUAUGAUAAUGUUGUGCACAACCUAUCUUCCAAACAACUGACAGCAGAGCAGAUAAAAGUCCUGAGCCAUGAUGCCUGCUUCAAUACGACGGAUGCCCAACCCGUUGACUUCAUCGCAGCUGCGGAAUCUGUCAUUCGUGAAGCUCUAAUCACUGAGGAAAACAGAAAUCUGCUACGACAGCGAAUAUCCUACAGACUCAUGUCCCACAAGAAACGCAAUAUGCUCUCGAAAGCAGAAAACGAAGCACUUCGGACUCUGAAGGCCGACAAAAGCAUUGUCAUACUCCCGGCCGAUAAAGGACGCUCGACGGUCGUACUGAACAAGGAGGACUACGUCAACAAAGUCGAGGCCCUUUUGGGCGAUAGAACUGCCUACAUUCCUUGUGAAGGGGAUAUGACGAAGGCUCUAAUGAGCAAAAUCAACAAGGACCUGGCAAGUCUUCGGAAGUCAAAAGCGAUUACACGGCUUGACUGGCAGAGGAUGAAACCAAAGGAUUCCGCGAUCGCGAGAUUCUAUGGUCUACCCAAGGUCCACAAACCAGGAACCCCCCUACGACCGAUCGUUUCUCUAAGAGGCACACCAACGUUUGGCCUGGCUAAGUGGCUGUUCCAGCGUCUGAAAUUCCUAACCCAAGGUUCCGAAACUACCAUCCACUCAGCAGAACGAUUCCUUGAGAAACUGCAAGGUAUUCAACUUACAGAUGACGAAGUGAUGGUAUCUUUCGACGUGGUAUCACUCUUCACUUCCAUCCCACAACAUCUCGCGUUGAAACUGUGCAAACCUUGUUAG